GUUUAAUGUGCAGCCUCAGAGUUUUUAAGCAAGGCAUCAGAGAAGUGACCUUACAAAGCUUUUACCAUACAUAUAGCUUGAGAAAAAAAACCUUUACACAACAUGACCUAUGUAUUGAAUAGCGUAGAGCAAGGAAAAAUGACAAAUGCUUUAGCUCUAUCUAAAGACAUAACUAUCAAGCUAUGGAUGCCUGUCUUAACACACCUGAGCUUGGUAUUAAUAACCGUCUCCAAUAAUUUUGUACAUUACAAAACAUGUAUGCUCUCCCCAUAUUCUUUAAUGAGAGCUCCUGUGUACUUCCUUUGCUCCCUGUUUCCUGCACACUUCCCUUCCCGGCUUGCAUCUGGAGUCGUGACUAGUUGCUCCAGGUCCGGGAUGAUCCAACUUGAGAGGACAUGGGCGCCUGAGUCCUGGCGGUGUUGAGCACAUAAAACUGGAUAGAGAACAAGCGUCGUUGACAAUAGGUGGGCACCGCGUCCCUGUCCAACCAGCCGUGCUGCCCUAGGGUGCCAUGGCCACGGGAACCCAGGGGCACCUAGACCACGUUCCGGAUAAAGCCAGGCUCGCGGCGGCCACAGGGAGGCGCAAGAGAGUGGAGGGGGGCAAGCCCAGGAAGAACUUCCCCUGUCAGCUGUGCGAGAAGGCUUUCAACAGUGUGGAGAAGCUAAAGGUGCACUCCUACUCACACACAGGAGAGAGACCGUACCGGUGCUCCCAUCAGGACUGCACCAAGGCCUUUGUCUCCAAAUACAAGCUGCAACGGCAUAUGGCGACACACUCGUCGGAGAAAACCCACAAGUGUACUUACUGUGAGAAAAUGUUCCACCGCAAGGAUCAUUUGAAGAACCACCUGCACACUCACGACCCCAACAAGGAGGCCUUCGCCUGCCAGGAGUGCGGCAAGAGCUACAACACUAAGCUGGGCUUCAAGCGUCACCUGGCCCUUCACGCGGCCAACAGCGGAGACCUCACCUGCCAGGUGUGCCUGCAGCCAUUCGCCAGCACCGGCCUGCUCCUGGAGCACCUUAAGACCCAUGCCGGCAAGUCCUCGGGCGGCACCAAAGAGAAGAAACACCGGUGCGAGCAUUGUGAGCGCCGCUUCUACACGCGCAAGGAUGUGCGCCGCCACAUGGUGGUGCACACGGGCCGCAAGGACUUCCUGUGCCAGUACUGCGCCCAGCGCUUUGGCAGGAAGGACCACCUUACGCGCCACAUGAAGAAGAGCCACGCCCGCGAGCUGCUGAGGGUCAAGACGGAGCCGGCCGAUUCGCUGGAUUUGCCCUUCUCCUGCGGGCUAGCCGGAGGCGUCAAGGGCGAGCUGGCCACCAUAUCAGCGCCGCACAGGCAGCUCCAGCUCAACCUGUACGGCAGCCCUCUCCUGCCCCAGCACCACUGCCCCACCAUGCCUCCCCUGGACACAGAGCCCAACCCCCCAAACCCCUUCUCCCUAAAGUACCAGCUGGGUUCUAACCUUACCUCAUACUCCGUCUCCACUCUGGAGAGGGAGCAGCAUCUAAAGGGAGAACUGGAGACGUAUCUGAUGGAACUGCAGAGCGGCAUGCCCUCCUCCUCGGCCGAGGGGGCUCAGCUAUCCUCCGCCUCCAAACUGGAGUUGGACUCCCAGGUGGGCUCAUUGGACGAGACCUCGCCCGACGAGGCGUCUCUGUCCAAAAUCUCGGCAGCGGCGGCAGUGGGCGAGUCGCUGGCCUCCUCCUCGUUGCUCGACUUCUCACAGCUCUUCAACUUCCUGCCCUUGAACAGCCCUCCUUAUGGGCACCAGGUGACAGCUGGCGGGGGUCUAGGCGGAGUCCCCUUCCCGCCAGAGGAGGCGCUGUCACUCGUCCAGCUGCCGCCCCAGUCCCCGGAUUCCCACGAGGCGACAGGGAGCGGGGAGGAUGUAAGCCCCCUCCACAGCCUCUCUUCCUCCUACACCUCUAACCUGAGCACAACCACCACGCUGCCCCGCUUUCACCAGGCCUUCCAGUGACACGACAACACACACACGCAUGCACACAAUUACACACGUACAGUACACACACAGGCUGAUAAAAAUUGAUAUUCUGCAAAUUAUUAUUUUUAUGCCAGUAACACAUUUUUUGAUGUCUGCACAAAACUACGACGUAAUAGCACUUCUGUUCAACAGUUAUGGGAUUCUACACAUACAGAUACUGAUACAGUGUAGUAGAUGUAUGGGUGUGUAUCAGCACUGACAUAUAUCACAUACACAAGUGGUUUAGCUCAACCACAUAGCUCAAGCCAUGGGAUAAUGGUUGACAUUUCAUGUGGUUAGUGUCAACGAUGCUAUAUCUUCACCGCCCUUGCAAAUUCACCACUAUAAUGCUGAUGACCAACACAGUCCAUUUUAGUACCAACAACAAUUAAACAUGACUAGGGUUUUGGAGUUUUACAUAGAGGAAUUUAUCUAGGAAUGUGAUUGCAGUGAUGUAUUUCUACCUAUCUAUAUUCUUAACCCCCUUUGCCUUGGAAUAGAUUGAACCUAGUAUGUCGAUUUAACCAUAUUUUCAUAUAGAACUUUGUACUUUUGUGUGAUGUUGAAUGUCCUCACCGCUAACCAUUUUUAAAAUGUCUUUAUCUCUUUGUUUUGUUUUAAGAUUUCAAGCAAUGCAAUCAUACAUUUUUAGACAUAAGGUACUGAAAAGCCCCUUGUGGAAUGUAGUGUGAGAACCAUCCAUUUUCCCCAUCAAAACCAAAGUCAACCAAAUAUCGACUGAGUUGCCAGGCAGAAUAGUGUCAUGGUAUCGCUGAUGGUUGUAAAUGUUGCUGCUGCCUAGUAGUUCCCCUAUAGGCCCAUGGAAUACCUCCGCUAUAGAUAGACUAAGUUGUUCUUCUUCAAGUAAUUUUAUCUCAUAUAAAAGGGACAAGAUAAUUUUUACUUUUAUGGCAAGAAUGUAAACAUAGGCCUGAUCCCAUUUUGGCCCCUAGCCCUUUGCUGCCACCUACCCCUUGGUCUUAUGGACUGGAUUUGAAAGCAAAAUUGCUGAAGGACCGAAAUGGAACCAGACAGUAGAAACAACAUUAAAGCACUGCCACGUAACUAGGGGCAAUUUGUCUUUCCACAUUCUACCGGUUUUAGUACCGGAUAUGAGGUUAGAAACUCCUUUCUCCGGCCAAACGCUACGCCAUGCCAACGGACAUUAGUUUCUUCUCCGCAAUGAGUCUGGGUCUGAGUACCUCCCCGACGAUUUCUAGAACGCAAACGCACUCUAACCGUUCUGAUUGGUCCCAGAAACCGAGUUGGGCCAGAGCCAGAACACACGUGGGUAAAGCGGCGUUUAGAAAAUGUGUCAUUGACUUUGAUCUUCUGAUUGGUUAGAGAUUAUCCAAUCGCUGAUGACUGUUUUGUACAACAGCCCUCAUUCUGACGUCACCACAAACGACUUCAACGAUGGCAGUCUCAGACUAAAGUACGUAGCGAACAUAGAGCAGUGGAAGAAUUCAGUUUGAGUCAUCAGGCAAACCCAAACAUGCAUAAAAUCAAGGAUAAUGUUAGCAAUAUUUAAACCGCAGGAAACAGUGAAGUAGAGACACCAGUUGCAAAGAAAACUAUGUCCAGUGUGCAGUUUGAUGAGCUAGAUGGGUAUCUUUAAACAGAUAUCUGGACACUUUGUAUGCACAGGUUUGUGUGAGCCUACAUCACGUGUUUGUGUUUCCAGUCAAGGGCUAGUAUGUGAUUGCAGAGGAGAGGACCCUCACAUAGAAAAUCUGGGAGGCUGUGUAGAGGGGUCAGAACAGAACUGCCUGUUACAACUCAUCUAGGUGGUGUGAUGGAUUAGUCAUGUCUGAAUGGUAGAUAAUAAUAUAUAUAAUAUGCCAUUUAGCAGACACUUUUAUCCAAAGCGACUUACAGUCAUGUGUGCAUA